AUGCUUUCUUCCAGACGGACGAUUUCCCUCGUCGGCGUUGUUCUCUUCGUCCUGCUCGUGCUGUCGUUCCGGCGACUCAGGGACGGGGAAAGAUGGCGCGAAAUCCCGCAGGUCGUGGGGAUGGGCGAGUCGGUCUCUGAUACAAAGUCGUCGUCAUCAUCAAGUGCGCAACCUUCCGCAUCGGCAUUCAACAUCAGCACACAACAAGACCGCCCGACCAAGUUUCCCUAUGGCCCUCGCCCACAUUACGCGCCCGGCACUGCGAAGCCACCAGGCUCGUUCUAUUCGAAGAUGUUGGUGGUGCCCCGGAUAAAAGAGGAGGACACUGAGUGGAUAGAACGAGAACUGCCUGAUUGGGAGGCAGCCGUCUACGUGGCUGACGAUCCAUCUGCGCCGCUCCAUCCCCCGAAGAACAAGGGCCACGAGGUCAUGGUCUAUUUGACUUUCAUCAUCGACAAUUAUGAGAAUCUGCCGGAUAUCAUGGCAUUCAUGCAUGCGCACCAGAUGGCUUGGCACAACGAUGAUAUCCUCGACUGGAACGCGGCAGAGAUGCUGCGACGGCUCAACCCGAACCGUGUUGCUAGAGAGGGAUAUAUGAAUAUGCGGUGCAACUGGUCUCCGGGUUGUCCGGACUGGAUGCACCCGGGUACACUGGAGGAAGACUCGUCGAAACAGGAGGAGACCAUGUUGGCUCGAUCUUGGAGCGAGAUCUUCCCCAAUGACCCGAUUCCAGACGUACUUGCGCAGCCCUGUUGCGCCCAGUUUGCCCUUUCGCGGGAGAGAGUCCUGGCGAUCCCCAAAUCGCGCUUCGUCUUUUACCGGGAUUGGUUGCUAAGAACCGAGUUGAGUGACUACAUUUCGGGCCGUGUGUGGGAAUACCUGUGGCAUGUCGUUUUCACCGGCGAAAACGUCUUCUGUCCGUUGCAGAACGUUUGCUACUGUGACGGAUUUGGCCUCUGCUUCGGCGGAGAGGCGGAAAUGGACGAAUUUUUUGGGAUUCGGUUCCAACGAAACGAUCUGCAGGAGGAACUCGACAGAUGGCGGGAGAAGUCCCAGGAUAUUGAAAACGCUCGUGCCAGCGGUCUCCUGGGUGAGACAUCCGACUUAGAGAUCCCGGAGGUGGGAAGAGAUGCUAUUCUGCAGGAACAGAUCGACCAGAAGAACCAGAUGCUAUACAAUUUGAAGAUGGCGGCCAUGGAGCGAGGAAACGACCCUCGCCACCGUGCAAAGGAGGCUGGGCGACCGUGGAAAGAGGGCGACGGUUUCUAA